CUGAAAAUCUUUAACUUAGAAAAUUUGUUUAUUCUUAUGAACCAACUUUCGUACUUCACGUUUGAAAAUAGCGUUCCUGAUGUCUGAACGUGAUGAUCACAUUCAUGCGACUAAAAAGUUCAAACACAGUCAAUCCAAUGAGGAAUCAAAUGAAAAUCAUGACAGGCGUAAACAAGUUGAUGCACAUGUUCAAGCCUUCCUCAAGGCUGUGCUUGAUCAUGCUCAUGGUGGUACUGUCAGGCAAACAAACAUUCCAAACAAAAAAGAUAAAUCUGUGAUAAAAAAGGAUGCUUCCACUCAGACAGAAGAACAGAAUGAUUUUGAAUCGUGUUCGUACAACCCAGAUCAGUCAGUUUCUGAAUAUCUGGGUUGCAACAAAAAUGAAAAAAGUAGUCGAGUUCCCAAUCGAGAAAUGUACAGCGAGGAAGCGCUAACUUUACUUUCCCAACAAAGUUUUUAUUCUGAAGAAGCACAAAACGAUCUCUCUUUUAAUGACAACUCCACCCACUGCUAUUCCACUCAAUGUGAUACUGGUCUCUUAAAUCAUGGUAUUAGUAAUAAGAGUGCCCGCAUUUCUUCUAAUAAGAUCAAAAGAGCAAUAGACGAAUGGGUUAGAAAAUAUGAAGAUUGGUUUUUCCAAAACUUUGGGAUGGAUGUACGAACGGCUUCUCAUUCAAUUGAAUCAAAACCUGAGAGUGAACUCAAACAAAGUUCAGAAGUAAUUAUUGGUGCUCAAACAUUGUUCAACACUAAUCCAUCCGAUUCUCAAAUGCUAAAUCCUUGCGUUAUAUCACACUCACCUGUAAGUUAUUUCAUCCCAGAGGGUUCGUUGUGCACAAUCGAUGGUAGGUUUUCACCAUACUACUCCCUCGUCCCUUCAUUUUACCUUUCCCCAAAUUUAAACAACACACCCCUUGGUUUACACUCUAAUGUGACAGCUUUCAACUUCGGCGUUGGCCUACCUUUGUAUCCAAAUCAUACAUUUAUCCCUACCACCAUUAAUACAACCAUGCCUAAUGCAGUCGUUUCGUAUCCAUCGAAUUUCGCCAACCAGCUAAGUGCUUCUACAAUGUCAUUUCCACCAAACGUAACCAGCACCACUGCAACGUGCAAUACAACAAGCUUCCAUGUAGGUACAUCCUUUCCUAUACCUCCGACUAUUCAACACAAUCACAGCAUCACCUCCUUCGCAGAUCUGCCCAGUGAGUUACAAACAUCUGCAAUGCUUGCCACUUUAGCCCUUCCAGUUGCUGACAGUCAACAUAGCUUAGGUCAGUGGGGACCACAUUUGAAAUAUGGUACUUAUGGUCGGCUCCCAUCUCCCCUUGACCUAGAAGCUUUUAAUUCUCAUAGGCAGUUAUCUGAGUUCGGACAAAAUCAAACAAACCAAUUAUCCUAUUCAUCACCUGAUUUAUCAAACAAAUCUCCCACUGCUCCUAAUAAAUCAGUGAAAAUGCCUCCUCCGCCCCCCACCUUCAUUCUUUUAAGAAGGCAAGCCAUGGUCUGUGCACUACAGGUAAGUGAGCGUAAGCUGUACAUUUUCCUUAACUCACCAGUGGCCAUCGUCUUAGUCCCACUUUGCUACGAUGCAUUAAAAGUGUAAGGUGCCAUCAGUGUUAGUGCCCCAAUGUAAUGUAUUUACUACCUUAUUGAUAUUAGAUCCCAUAAUUCAUUUCUUCAUUCUGUAGUCCGUCUAUUUGGGCUAACUCACAUUUUUACCACACUGUAUAUUAUGACUAAGCUUUUUUCAAUAAUUGUAACGACAUAAAGUAAUGGUCUGCUUAAUUUUUAUUUUUUAUCGUUGUAAGAUAGACUAGUCAAAAGCUUAUAGUGCCAAUUUAGUAACAAAAUUUAAAUGUUAAUACGACUUAUUUCAUGAUAUCGUUAGGUUUGUCAGGUAUUUACAGGAUAAUUUUCAGUCACCUAGGUAUCUUCAUGUUAAGAUUUUCUUAUCAGAUACUAGAUUUUGGCUAAUAGCUUGACAAAUAAAAAAUACAUCUUACAGUAUGAGUUACUUCUUAUUGUUCUAUGCAAUUCAUAUGUUAUUUAUUUAUUUAAACACAAACAUUGGUAAAAAUGGGCACCGAAUACAUAUGCGCCGCACAAGUCACUUGAUUUGCGUGUGGGCUGUGAUACUGCCCGGGUGCCCAGACCGAAGCAGGUAGUUUCCUUAGGAGGCCACACCCGGAGUCUUUGACCUAGAAGUCUGAUCCACAGGGCAGUGGAGCAACGUUAGGAGAUGCAGUCCUAUGGUAGCCGGUGACCAACAAUAGGUUCGUACGCCAUUUGUUCCUUCAUGAUACUGGAGCCCAUGUGCAUCAUUGGUUUGGAAUCAGGGUUUUCCGAAUCCCCUAGGCGAACUCUCCAUACCCACCAACCCGGUUAGAGCGCCGGACAUUCGCUUUUCGUCCUCUCAAUUUCGUAAACAACACCCCCGUCGCUAGGCGGUUAGUAGGACUUCCUUGGUAGUGGCUGUAUACACGUGGUCGUGUGAGAGCAUUUUGAAAGAGAAAGCCGACUCUUCCCACCCUCGGCCGAACCAACGCAUUUGGGGGUAGUUCAUAUGUUAGUCACAUCUACCCAUACUGGCCUACCACAUAACUCAAUAAAGCCUUCUGGGCUUCUCAAAUAAAUUCCAAAUCCAAUAGUUUAAACCUAAGCUAAACCACAUAAUCUCUGUUCCAUUUAAUAGGGCAUAAGCACAUGGUUAAUAUUUCUAAUCCGUACACAAUGAAUACCCUUCUCAGUCUGAUGUACAUAGGUUAUAGUUCAUUCGCCUAAUACAAAUGUAUGUGAUACUAACUGGCUAGCUAAAUUGACGUGAACGAAGGAGGAUCGAAUUUGCAGUUUGACAGUUGGUAGCCAGGUUCCUGAACCGUCACUAAUAAUAAAUCUGCAAUCAGUUAUUUGAUUGUUUAGUUUAUUCAGUUUAAUUUAUUUAAAAAAGUUAUUAUCGUCUUAAUCAGAAAAAAUCUUUUCAACAUUGUAAGCUUAAAUGAUUAUAAAAGGCUAAUGUAACUAUCUUGCACCCACACUACACAUUAAAGUCCUCAGGUUCAAUAUUUAGUUGAAUCACGUAUACAUUCCACAACUGGUGUUUAUUAUCUCUGUUAGCGGGACAUAGACCAGAUUAAAGCAUGCUCAAUUCACGAUUGCUUUGGUGCACGCUGAUUGGCUAAUUCUUAUCCAAUCAGCACUAGUCGAUAGUUGGAGAAUACUCUAGAAUCUUCUCAUGUAAAAAACUAUAAAUAUACUGACGUUUUCUCUAUUGUGCUUCUUACUUGCUUCUUACUGCCAUCUAACCUUGUUAUUUGGAAUAUAAUCUCUUUCCUGUUCAACCGUGUUUUGAUUUGGGGACUUGUCGAGUGAGUCGGUGUCCGAGAAUACUAAGCAAUAGGAAUAGCUGGGUCAUAACCGUAAGAAGAGAGAUUUAUAACAAUCUCAAAAAUGCUUAAGAAAAUACGACUAGACUGGGAUGACUAUUUUGGAUAGUCAAGUAUUAAAUAUCCCUCAAAAGAACUUCAAACUUUAACGAGAAGUGUUUAUCUGUAAAGAACUGAUGUCUGAUGUAUUGCCAAAUUUGUGCGUUUUCAGAAUAUAUAGAAAGCUCUGUUUGGUUCAUUUUCUGUAGAACUAUCAUCAAUGUGGUUCCGAUAAGAUCUUCAUUGCAUAUUUUUAUGAAAUCGAAACGAACUUGCGUUCAUUUUGCUGCUACCAUACUCUAGAGUAUUCAUUAAGAAGUGUGAUGCCAGGCUUAAAACGAUCAAACUACACUCUUUCGUGAGCUAAAUUUUAUUUGUUGGUAAAUUUAUUUAACAUCGUAAUUAUCCUAUAUCUUGAGAAAUGUUGAUAACAUUACAUUUUACUCUCAUCUUCGUUCAACAUACAAACUUAAUGUCUAUCAAUUCAUUCAUCCCACCAUCUGUCUUUAAUUCAAAGCUAUGUUGUCGGGAGCGCGGAAGUGAACUAUUUCUUCGUGAAAAGGAAAGUUGUAGUGGCUUAUCCAUUGACUUUGUGAAGGAACUAGCCCAAGUAGUUGAAUCCAGUAUUGGCCUUCGACCCACAUAUAUUUUUACAAGAAUCACAGAUCUUCCCCAGAGGGAACGUUCCUUUUUUCUGAAUACUGAAGUUCAAAAAUAUCCUCAAAAUCACCUAUUUUCUAUUUCAAAUACCGAAAAAGCAUUUGAUAUCAAACAAUUAAUUGCUUGUGAUCUUUUGAUUGGAGAUGUGCUAAUUGCAGAAUCACUUUCUGCGUCUAAAUCCCUCGCACAAAUCUGCACUGCGCGACAGGCCUUUCAGAUUUUAUCUCGACCUUGUUUCCUCGUCGGAUCUGUACGUCAGUGGGAGGAGGUGGAAUACUUGGUUUUAUGUUUAAGUCCGAAAGCUGAAAUAGUUCCUAAACUAUCUCCAUUUCUCAAGGAUCCUUUUGAAUCCGACUUCGAAAAAGAUGGUGAUUUUGAGGGUGAUGAGAGCAUCACCACAGUAUUCACCCCUAAACCAUUUGAUGAUAUGUGGAUUUACCUAGCGCAACUUCCAAAAGAAAAAUUACAUGAUCAGGUUCAUCUAGAGAGAAUUUUGGCCCAGUCUGCUGAAUUCAGUCAAAUGCUUGUCAGCUUUGAAUUUGAAGUGCAAACAACCACUGGUCAAAUUAUAUGCAAUACAUUAAUUGAUAAUCAGCGUUGUUUAAGCGUUGAAAGUCCAAAUCUUCAUGGUGCUCAGCAAUCGGCACUGAGUAGUCUGUUGAAUAAAUUAUGUGCUACUCAACCUGUGGUUGGUUUAAUAUUCUCACGGGAAGGUAAAGUUGCCAUAGGCCAGUCAUCAGCUGUAUUUUUUCCCUUAAUUGACUGUAGUUUUUGUAAUUGUACCUUUAAUACAUUACCAAUUGUACUGUUUUCUGAAUAUACGAAUAUAUUUCUUCAGUAUAAAACUGUGCCUUGUUUCAAUCAGUAUUCUUUUUUGAUCAUUUCUUUCUCUUUGUAUAUAUGUAUGAUUCAAGUGCGUUGUCUACUGAUCUUUCUGUUUGAUUUGUUCUAAUUUUCCCUUUAUAUAUAUAUAUAUAUAUAUAUAUAUAUAUAUAUAUAUAUAUAUAUAUAUAUAUAUAUAUAUAUAUAGUUGCCAUUAUCCUGAAUCGACGAUGAUAAUAUUAUCGAUUCACCUGGAAACGAUUGAACAAAAAUCGGUUUUAUUUUGUUGCUAUGAUCUCAAGUUACUGACGUUAUUUCUCACUCUUCUGUUAUUGCUAUGUGGUCUAACGUGUCACAUGACGAAGGAAUUUAAUUAUUGACUGAAAUAACUAUUUUUUAUAAUUAGGUAGACCAUAUUGAUGAGUCCCACUUCAAAAUUCGGUUUGCCCCAUACUUGCUAUACUCUGUAACAUUGCAUUUCGUAACUUAGCUUUAUAUCCUAAAUCUGACUUUAGACAACCGUUUAGCUACCAAUCCCAUCGAUAUAAAUUUUUUCAAAGAUAGAUGUGUAUUAACCGUUUGCUAAAUAUUUCCUUAUUCUCACGUCACGAGUAUUUUUAAAUGCAAUCCUCAUUUCGAUUUUUUUUCAAAAAUUGCUAAUAGUUUGAUAUCGGCUUUUUUGACAGUUAAAAAGUACUCUGGUUGCAUUAGUAUAUUAACGUCAGGCUAUGUCAUGAGAAGUUUGGAUUUAUUAUCCAUGUCUUCAGUCAAAUCUGGUUUCGGUUCAGUUUACCACACUAUUCAGAACAAUCAUCACAAGUCUCGUCUAUUGCAGUAAUUGUAAAUAAUUAAGUCCAUUACCAUCUUUCAACAAACUAUUAGUAAUUGGGUCUAUCUCGUAGUACACUUCCAAAUGGUAAAUUCUUUCUCAAAUUUCCUUAAUUAUUUGUUAACGACUUAUAUUCAAAUUUUUCUCAUCAGUAACAAAAACACAAUGCGCACUACUGGAGAGUCUCGUACUAGUAUAAAGUGAACGUCCAAUGCUUCCGGGUUUUCAGUGGUUGUCUUACUUGCAUUGCUUUGUGAUUUGAAUAAAACCCAACAAUCUUCAUAACCCCAUACUGACAGAGAUCAUUACAAUUUUCCCAGACAAAGAUCUCACAAUCUAAAACUUGUGUAUUAGAGUUCAUUUUAAGCCGCAUACUUAUUAUCUGAUUAUGACGUCUAAGUUAUUUGAUCCAGGUGGAUUGUUUCAGUAGAGAUAACUCCAAACAGCUUAAUUAACUGCUCCUCGAAUUAAGGUGGAUGAGACAUGUGUUACGUAUACCCAACCACCUGUCUUGACAGGCUAUAUUGUUUUGUGUAGGAGCAGACUAGAAAAAAGCUAGCAGAUGUCAAACCAAGACCUGACCCCAGCCCAUGAGGAAAUUGAUUAUUAGACUUAGUCUUGUAGGUAGGUUCACGCUACCCGGUUCGGAUCCCCGUGAUUAUCGUAACCGAUGAUUAGCAACUUUGAAUAGCAUGAAUCAAGAUCGUUUGCCUUAAGCCAGGUGCAUUCACACUUUGUCUUCCCCUGGAUCCUAAAUUGCCAAUAAAUAUCUUUAUACGAAUUUAUAUUUUUUUCUCAAAACCAUCUUCAAUGCCUAAUUCUCCUAUCAUCACUAAUACUGUUACUACCCCUGCUACUCUAGGAUUAACAAAUCCACCUCACUGUACUAAUGGGGCACCGAUGUACACACUUUCCGGAUUCUGCGGUGCAUUUGACUAACAAGUUAUGUCGAGAGUAAUCGCUGUCCCUACUUUCACAUACGUUUCAGCCUAAUGGUUUUCAAGGGCUGAUUUCCAACAUUAAUAAUAAUAUACAAGCAGAGUUCUCUGUUACUGCAGCAUUUCUCAUCAAACAGUCACAUUUAUCGUCUACCAAGAAAAUCUCAGGUGUCUCUAGAGAGUUUAUUCAACAUUGGCUACUACGCAUCACUCAUAAUGCAAACAGUGUACUCACAUGCUUAUCACAAGAUAAAUAUAUGGCAAAACAUUGCUCUUCUGUCUAGAAUAUGCCUGUUGGAGUUAACUGUAGCUUUCAACAAAGAAGGCAAGUCACUGGAAAAUUCAAACAAACCAUUCAAAACGCUUUAAUUAAUCGCUUCAUUCUUCGACUAAUGGUUACUGCAAAAAUGAAGUUAGUCCUAAUUAGUGAAAGUUUGUGGCUUAUUGUGGAAAUUUAGGUCUCCAUCCUUCUACAAACUCCAUAAACACCAGUUGAAAGAUGUUCAUCCUAAUGUUUAUGCAUGAAUAUUAAGUGGUAUUACUCCUAUUUUUCAUACCUAGGACUAUAAAUUGGAGAAACAUCAAAUAAAACUACCGCUCCUUAUUUUUAUAUCAUAUAUUUACUAACCUCUGUAUCAUGAACUUUUGUGAUGAAAUAUUCGCCAAACGUCCGAUAAGUUCGCUUCAUGCUUAUAAUCGCAGUACCGAAACGUUUAUUUACUAGUUUGUAAUUCCCCUGUCAUCGGUCUAUAUAUAUAUAGGCAUAACUGUCUGUCACUCGCAGUCCAGUUUACCGUUUAAAAUACGAAACUUCCAUUUCUUGUAGUUUUUUUGUUCAACAUCUAAUAGGGUUUGCAUAUAUCUGAUUUUUUGGAUGAAAAUGCGUAAGUCAAAAUUUUAGAAAAUUAUAGGAAUAUUUAUUUAUCUGAUUGGACCACAGUAAUGACAACUGUUUUAUUGGUGAGUUUAUCUAACUUAAAUGAUAAAAGCCAUUUGAUGAUGGGACUACAGACUCAUUUAUAUUACUGAAUUUUGUAACAGGUAUUUUAUAAAAAUAGAGACAAGUGUUCACAUAUUAUUGCUAUUCAUUGUUUCUGUUCUCAUACAGUACUAAUAAAUUAAUUCAACUUCAUGUAAUCAGAUAAUUGUCUGUACUACCUCUGUACAUAAUGUUUGAUGUUUACAAUUUGAAGAUCUGUUAUAGUAUUAAAACUGUUCUAAUUUUGUGUUGUUUAUCUUGCUAAUAAUUUGAUGUCUAUAAACCAUAUGACUUCCAUGCAUUGUGAAUUAUUAUUGCAGAAGAAUUCGAAGAUGACACUACUUCAUCUCUCUGGGGAAUUCCUGAAUACCUCAUGGUUGAAAAUCUCAUGUGGGGUAAAGAAGAACUGGAUUCACCAAUACAUUUUGAACAACUAGAAGCUCACUGUGAAAUUCCAACUCUAUCUCCAACGCAUCUUAUUUGUGAUGAUACUGUUAACAAUCAUGAUGGGAUAAAUUGUACUAAUCGAUUCUCGUCGCCUAUCAUAAUAGAAAGCUAUCUUCAGGCGUAUGCUGCUUCAGCUUUAGUCUCACCGAUUUGCAUAUUUCCUACUGUCGUUCCCAACAAUCUCUGGCCAGUCGUACAACAACAUGCUAGGCGUUGGGGUUUGUUAAGUCGUGUGGAAGUAAAGUGUAAUCCAGACCCUUCCAGUUUUCUUAUCGUUUGUAAACGAGUCCCACUCUCUCGAUUAAAAAGAUCACUAUACGAUCAACAACAAUAUGGUUGCUUUUGUCUAAUCGAUAAAGGCAAUCUUACAACUGAGGCUUUAAAGCGUUUGUAUCAAGCUGAUCCACUUUGUUUUAGUGAGGAUGAUUCAAUAACACCAAACGAUAACAUUCAAUCAUCUGAUCAUAUGACUAACUUCAACUUAUCAUCUUCCUCACCACCAACGUAUUUCAGAACAUCAGACGAGUACAAUGAUGAACCAGUUACUCGUUACGCUCGUGAAUUCCUUUCUACACAUAAAACACGCAUCAAAACAGAAUCUAAUGAGGAUAAUUGUAAUCUAAUCAAUGAUGAUUGUGUACUUGUAACAGCAGAACUUAAUCAACCAUCAAAUGCUAUUGAAAUAUUAGAUGAUCUUCCUAAAACACUUAUACCGGGUAUAGAUUUUUAGUAAUUGAUCUUUUUUUUUAUCAAAUUAAUAGAACUAGAUCUUUCUUCAACUUUAGAUAUUUUGACACCCGGUACAAUUUCAUAAAAUAUUUUUUUUUCUGACUAUUUAAUGAUAACAUAUUGAAGAGCAUUUUUAUAGUUUUGCAUUUACCCUGUUAUUCUUUAGUUCACCCAGUGUUAAUUCGUAUCAUCAUUUUCGUACGCCAUGAUAUAUAUAUAUAUAUAUAUAUAUAUAUAUAUAUAUAUAUAUAACACAAUUAUUGUUUUGUAUAAAUGAUUUGUUUUUCUUUUCGGCAAUUAUGGAUCAUCUGUCAAAUCAUGAUAAUAAUUUUUCUUGAUACUUUGUUCUUUUUUGUCGUUGUUGCUAUUUUCUUUCUUUUAAUGGUUUCUUUUCUUUUUGUGCGCAAAUCGUUUCAGUGUUUUCCCUUACAUUACAGGUAAAAUAUUAUUUUAGACGGUAAAAAACGUUUGAUUCAUACGGUAAACAUGUUUAUUUGAAUUGUUACGGAUAGUAUUUCUAUAAGCAGUUUUGUAUAAUAAGAUACAAAAUGACUAAUAAUUCUGUUUGUUUUAUUUAUGCUAUUUAUUUUUGUCGGAAAUUCAUCGUAUUGGGUGAUUCUGAUUAUAUCUUACAUUCAACUAUCCAAUUUAAAUCAGGUGGUAUUGAAUAUCGACUCAUUUGCUUAUUAUUGUU